AUGUCUUCCCUUCACUUCACUAAUAAGAUUCUCAAAAGUGUACCAGUUGAAGAAGAUGUUAUAGUCAUAGACCCUAAUGCACAAUGGCAAUGGUAUAGUGAUAAAGGAUGGAUAAAUUAUGAAGAUAAACAAAAUAAAUUAAUUGAGGAAUCUUAUGCUAAACACCUUAAAGUUAUAGAAAUAGAUGAAGAACGGUUUGUUGACUUCGCUACUAUGAAACAACGAAGAAUUGAUAAUCCUUCAAAGUGUAGAAGAAUACAACGAAUUUCAACGAACACCAAACCAAAAUCAUCUUCCAUUAUUCCUUUUAACAAAAAGACACCUUCAGUACCUUCUCCUAAACCUACUUCCUUGCCUAACAUAGUAACUCAAAAAAAAUACACAACUGUCAGAAAUACCAACCUUCAACAACACUCACAUAAUAUUAUUACUAAACAAAAUUUUUUACAUUGCGUUAAUAUUCCUAAAGCUUCAAUUCCUGUCACCCUUGUUGUAGACAAACCAUCAUUCAUAACUAAAACAAAUACUUCUUCACCUUCUCUCUUUAAAACUCAAUUCACUCAAAUGAACUCAGUAAAUUCAGACACACAACUCAUAGACAUUGAUAAAUCUCCAGUGAAUAAUCGUAGUGAUGAUGAGGAUAUUGAAAUAGAUAAAGUUUUAGAACUAUUUGAAGAAGAACAACAACAAAAAAAAGAACCAGAGCAAAAGCAAGAAAAGAAAAAAAUAAAUUUUCAAUAUGACAAUAAGUUGAUUCAACAAUUCCAUUCUAUUCAAAAACUCUCUAAGUUUGUAGUUGGAAAUCCAUUCCAGUCAUCAAGAAAUCAAUGCACAACACAAAAAAUUUUUAGUGGUGAUUGCAUUUAUUGCGAUGGAGAAGUAGACUUUAAUUUAAAAAAUGAAUGUAUUGUUAAUGGAGCUACUUUCAAAAUUCAACUAACACCAUUAAUUAAUACUAUAGUUCAUAUCAAAGGAAGUAUUCCAAAAGAAUUAAUUCUGUGGGCAUCUACUAAGAAUGUUCCUAUUAUUAACAAGGAUUGGUUAAUAGAAUGUUUAAAACAAAAGAAAAGAGUUGAUUUUAAACAAUAUUUAGUUAGUGAAAAUAAAAUAAAUGAAACGAGAAAACAUAGUAUUGAUUUAAGUAGUGAUGAUGUCUUACGUUUGUUUAAUAUUAUUUAA